AUGGCUUCUUCCGCGACAGCCCGGAACGCGGAGAACAGGGAUGAAGCCGACUCCAACGCGACUGCAAGAUCGACGCCAAGUCAGGAACAGCAACAACCUACCGGCGGCUAUCAGCAAAACGUGCCCCAAACGCAAGAGGAUGGGGAGACGAAGAAGGAGAAGAAGCCAUCAAAGCUGAAAGCAGCAUGGGACGGCCUGGGCCUAGACGUUCCAACCCUUCUCAUGAUGGGCAAAGCAGCGCUGCCGCCGACAAUUGCGCUGGCCAUGUGCCAAGCAGACGCCGUUGCCCAUGAGUACUCGACAUUGGGUUACUUGGCUGCCAUUAUCAGCAUUAUUGGUUUCUGCAUCAUGCCGCGCGCAAAGUUUGUCCAAACCAUGAUCAUGAACGUCCUCGGUGCAUGUAUUGGAGCGGCCGCCGGACUGCUUAUGGUCUGGUCCGGCGUCAAGGCACGCGAUCACACCACCGAUCCGUCCGCACCGCCACAACGUUACAAUUCCUCCCAAUCCGUCGUUCUGGCGAUGUGGCUGUUCUUCCAAAUCUAUGCCAUCAAUACCGUCAAGGCAAAGUUUCCGCAAUUGACCUUUCCGACAAUGUUAUAUGCCAUCUUCGUCAAUGUCGCGGCAACUAGUGGUAUUUUGUUUCGGACAGUACCACAGUGCGAAGCCUUCAUCAAAAGGCUGUUGAUAAUAUUUUUGACAGGGCUUGGGAUUGCGACGGGUGUAAGCUUGCUAAUCAUACCCGUCACCUCGCGGAAAGUUGUCAUGAAGGAGUUUGCGGGAUACAUUGGGCUGCUCAAGGGAGCUCUUGGUGCUCACAAGACCUAUCUCCACAGUUUGGAAGAUGGCGACAUGUAUGCGCAAAAGUACGUGCCUGAUGAGAGAGACGGGAAAAAGCACCAAACGCGAAAGGACAAGCCAGAAAUCGCGGCUAUUAAGACGAUGACAAGAUCGCUGCAGGAACUGCACGGUAAACUCUCUGCAGACCUCCCGUUUGCGAAGCGAGAGAUUGCAUAUGGGAAGCUGACCCCUGACGACCUGGAAGCUAUCUCCAAGAUGCUCAGAUCCAUUCUGCUGCCAGUUCUGGGCCUAGCAUCAAUCAUGGACAUUUUCGAACGCAGCGCGGAAAUAAACCACUGGGACGGGCAAGAAGAUGAUCAUGACGAGGUGGCCCACCAACAAACAGUAAAAGAAUGGAACGAAAUGUUCAAGUUCGUCCACGAGCCACUCAGCCAUAUGUUUCAAGCUCUCGAUGACGGGCUCACACAUGUUGCGUUGAAGUUGCAGUUAGCAGGGCCACCAAAGAAGAAGGGCAAGAAUCAAGGUGACACGGAGGCCAAAGGGGACUCUAUCAAGCCGGGAGAUGCUGGCUUUGUGGACCAUCUACAAAAGCAAGCGGAUGAGUUCUAUAACCAGAAAACGCCUACCCUUCGCUACUGGGUUCAAACCAAGGGUAUCAAGCUUCGCGACAGCUAUUUCUCCGACCCAUCGGCCAUCGAUGACGAGACAUUGCAGCUUAUACCCAGUCUCACCACGAGGAAGCGAGAUCAACGCCAGCUCUUUCUGAUGCUCCACAUCAUGUUCCUCAUGAAUGCGACAAGCCGGUCAAUCGUUGAAUUUGUCAGAUUCGCCGACAAAAACGACCAAGCGGCCAAGAAGAACAAGUUCAUCUGGCCAGGCGCCCGGCGCUUCAAGAAGUGGGCAAAGAGUGUCUUCCAAAACCAAGACGCCAAUUCGGAUGACGAGACAACAGCUGCUGGGUUGGAAAGAGGCAAUACAACUGUAUACAUGGGACAGGCGUUCAAAGAAAAGAAGGACCCAGAGCAUCUGCCACCUACCAACGCAUGGGAAAGGUUUGGCAACAGCAUACGCGGAAUCGCAUCUUUUCUCCGCAGUCCCGAAUCAAGCUUCGGCUUUCGCGUCGCUUGUGCAACCAUGAGCAUAGCUAUCGUAGCCUUUCUUCACCGAACACAGACCUUCUUUGUCGAACAACGCUUGGUCUGGGCACUGAUUAUGGUCACCAUCUCCAUGACACCCACCGCAGGCCAAGCAAUCUUCCAGUUCAUCCUACGUAUUGCCGGCACAGCUAUAGCUAUGAUUAUCGCCUGGCUCAUGUGGUACAUUCCUGGUCAGAAGACGCCCGGAAUAAUCGUGUUCCUUUGGUUUUUCAUUGCGAUCGCGUUCUACAUUCCACUCAAGCGUAUGGAUUUGGUCCUUGUCGGUAUCAUUAGCGUUGUAACUUCUACAAUGAUUGUGGGGUACGAGCUGCAAGUCCGCAAGAUUGGCAAGCAAGCAGCUGUAGCGGCGACUGGACAGCCUGCGUAUGCCAUCUAUAUCCUGGGUCCCUAUCGCCUGGCUACAGUUAUCGGCGGCCUGGCAGUCGCAUUCUUUUGGACCAUGUUCCCAUACCCGAUUACUGAACAUUCUGCCCUCCGCCAAAAGCUCGGGGGUGCAUUGUACCUCUCUGCAAAUUUUUACUCCAUUAUGCACGAGCAGGUCAUGGGCCGUAUCCGAGGCGAGCUCGCUGGCGAUGAGGAGUGCGACAAGAACAGCCCAGGAUACCAGCUCGUCAAAGCCCGAAACAAGGUCUUUUCGAAACACAUGCUCACGCUCCAAGGACUGCAGAUACACGCUAGUUUUGUGAAAUGGGAGUUUCCGCUAGGAGGCAAGUUUCCCAGAGAAGAAUACGAAAGGAUUAUUGGAUAUAUCGAAAAUAUCGUCAAUUAUACCACCCUCCUGGGCUACACGUCCGCGGCAUUCACGAACCCCUCUUUGCAGCAGCAGUCCGACGACCCAAGCUCUCCGUCCGCCUCCACCGACCAAGACAUGAGCGCCAAAGCGCACUGGUUCAACGAUUUCCGCCGUGUAAUCACUAGCGCAAAAGUAACAUCGCACGAGACAACCUCUCUCCUCGCCAUGCUUUCCUCCUCCAUUACAAACGCACAGCCGCUGCCCCCGUAUCUGCGCGCACCUCCUGCCGCCGAACUACCGCGUAAACUAGAACAGAUCGACCCCGAGAUCCUCAGCCUCAGGCACAUUGCCGAACCGGGCUACGCAGCGUUUGCAGUCAUGAGCGUAAGCACCAGGUGCAUAAAUAUGGAGCUCGAGAAGCUCUUGAAAGCAGUCAAAACGCUCGUGGGCGAACUCGACUUUUCCUUCCACGUCGUUAGCACCAAGGAAGCUGAGGACUCGGGCAUCUCGAACGAGACGCUUGUCUCGCGGAGUACAACGAAGAGGGAUUGA